UGUUCAUAUAUUUUUUUGCGUUGCCUACAAUCGCGGCUACAUAAUACCAUUGAUUAUAAAUACUAAAUGAUAAUAAUCGAGAAAUCAUAAACCCUGAUCAAACACAUGUGAGUAUGUGACAGAUUAUUGUAGAACAACAACAAGUCGAUUUCAAUAUAGAGGUAGGCACCUACGUGGUAUUUACUACCAUUUUAUUGUUCAAAACGGCCGGCAUUCAGCCAAGAUUGUUAGACAAUGUUCAUAAAAAAUUAAAAAAUAUUUUAAAUGAAUAAACCUAGUAUUGCACUACUUCAGUAUGCAUAUUAUUAUUUUAUCGGUCGUCACUCGUCGAUAUAUAUAAGGUACCUAAAUUCGCGCGCUGAUCGGAACAUUUUUCAUUUCGUGUCCAUUCGUUGUUUUGGCCGAGUAUAAGAAAUUAUCUAAAUUUAUAAGCUUAUAUUAAAGGUACUUGCAUAACAUUAUAAUGUCUGCGGGGAGAAGAAUUUGCGCGGUAAUGACUCGGACGGCCGUGUACGUGUUUGACAAAUAUCACUUCACCAUCAACGCGUUCAGCGGCUCCGCGAUAAUGUGUGUCGGCGACAUCGCACAACAAAACGUAGAACGUUACCACGGGUUGUCCGAGGGUUACGACUGGUCGAGAACCGCGCGAAUCGCGGUGAUAGGCAGCAUUCUGGGAUCGGUACAGCAUAUCUUUUACCGGUCACUGGACAACCGAUAUCCAGCCAGGGACGCGUUCACGAUAGCCAAAAAGAUAUUCAUCGACCAAACGGUGUGCACACCCUUCAACAUCGCAGUGUUCAUCUACGGGUUGGGUUUCCUGGAACACAAGACUUUGGCCGAGAUCAAUGAUGAGUUUAAAGACAAAUGUGCAAUGAUAUUUUUGGUUGACUGUGCAGUUUUUGUCCCAACUCAAUACAUAAACUUCAAGUUUUUAGACCCAAAAUACAGACUUCUAUUUACAAACAUGAUUUCUAUUAUGUAUGAUACUUUUCUCUCUUAUAUUAAGUACACUCAUGAUAUUCUCAAAUUGAUGGAAAGACAAAAUAACAAUAACAAUAAAAAUUGAAAUGUAGAGGCAAUCUAAACAAAACGUAAAACAUAUAUUUAGAUAUAAUAUAAAUACUUGUAUUAAAAACUAAGGAGAAUAAAAUAUAGAUGAUGUAUGUAAUUUAAAGCAAACCAUAUGAUUUCGGAACUAUGUUCUUUAAAUAUUAUAUUAUUAGUUGAGAUCAUGGACACCAGAAGCAACCAGUU